AUGGGUCUCCUCAACCACGGGAUGGAGUCUCUGUCCAUCAAGGGUCGUCGGUCCUCCAACGCCAGUAGCGCACAUGAAGAAGUAGGCGAAGGGGACGAUACGUCUCAGCUGGACAAGGAAGAGGGGAAUGUCUUGAUGACGAUUAUAUCGCAGCUCCGCCCUGGGAUGGACCUGACCAAGAUCGCCCUCCCGACCUUCGUGCUCGAGCCCCGAAGUCUGCUGGAGCGGGUGACCGACUUCUUUUCGCACCCCGAGCUGGUAUUCGGCGCUGGGAAGAUCGACGACCCAAUGGAGAGGUUCAUGAAGGUCAUGACUAUGUAUUUGUCCGGAUGGCACAUCAAGCCAAAAGGAGUCAAGAAGCCCUACAAUCCCGUCAUAUGCGAAUUCUACCGCUGCUCCUACACUUAUGAGGACGGUUCACAAGGAUACUACCUAGCCGAGCAAGUCUCACACCACCCUCCCAUUUCAGCCUUCUUCUAUUGUUCUCCCAAAAAUAACAUCCUGGUGACUGGCGAGCUCGUACCCAAGUCGAAGUUCCUCGGUAACUCUGCGGCGACCAUUAUGGAGGGGGAAGAUAGGAUACGGCUGCUGGACCGUCCAGAGGAUGGGGAGUACUGCAUCUCUAUGCCAAACACGUAUGCUCGGGGAAUCAUGUUCGGGAAGCUCGUCCUGGAGCUGUGCGAGAUGUCGAGCAUCGUUUGCGCCAAGAACGAUAUUCGAGCAGAUAUCGACUUUAAAGCCAAGGGCUGGAUAUCAGGCGGCUACAACGCCAUCGCCGGACCCGUCAAGCACAAGCGCCAAACCGUCGGUGAAGUCACAGGCCACUGGAACUCGGUCAUCGAGUACACGGACGCCGCGACGCAUAAGCGAUCCGUGAUCUUCGAUGCGAAUGGAGCAAAGUCGGUACCCAAGUCGGUACUGCCCGAGUCCGAGCAGGAACCGCAAGAGUCUAGACGACUAUGGGCAAAUCUGACCACCGCGAUCAAGAGCGGGGAUAUGCACGGUGCGACGGCAGAGAAGAAUAUUGUCGAGGAGCGUCAGCGAGACUUGGCGCGGAAGCGCGAGGCCGAGGGCAAAUCGCACGAGUUGAGAUUCUUCAAGAAUGUGGGAGGGAACAAGUAUAUGCCAAAGCUGGACGUUGACAACCUACCCAAAGACCAAGCAGAGAUGGAGAAGGUCAUUCGUUCGUUCGUUUAUGGCAGUGCCGACAAGGCAUCCGGCGCUUCCUCAUCCCCACCUGCCUCAGCGCCUAUGGUGGCAGACCCAUCGUCCCGCUCUUCACGCUCAGACUCUUCGCCGCAGAGCACACUAGCACCUGGUGGCGUAGCGAGUGCGUCUAGCUCCGUCUCCAAUCUUUCCAACGCAAGCACAGCGGAGCCUCCUGCAAUCCCUACCGCUCCUGGACCACCUGCUCCCGGCCCGAAGGCUGAUCAUCCCAUCGGACCAGCAGUGUAG